AUGCUUAUUUCCACUGACGAAAAAAGUGCAAGACCUGUCCCUUUGAAAAAAGUUGUAAUUGAAGCUCAUGGUAAUGUUUGCGGAUUUGAAGCUACAAUAGAUAAUAAAAGAAAAAUCAUAGGAAUAGUUAAAGAAACUGAACAAGCCAAGAAGGAAUAUGAUGAAGCUAUAAAACAAGGUCAUGGUGCUUAUUUACUUGAAGAACAAGAUUCAGAAGUGUUUAAAUGUUCUGUUGGUAACAUUAUGCCCGGCCAAAAAAUUGAGAUCCAAAUUAAAUACAUGAUUGAACUUAAACACGACACAGAAACAGAUAGUGUUCGGUUCACUUUGCCGGCUACUAUUGCUCCAAAAUAUGGAUCGCAUAUUUUUAAUCACAAAAGGAUGCGUCUUUUCGAUAAAAUUUCAGAUUUGGAUUUUCCCCCUCUCGAGUUUUCCAUAGAAGCCAUCAAAAAAGUUCAAAAAAUCACUGCAAAGGGUGGCACUUACAUUUAUGAAGCUUUAGAGUGGGUAUUUGAACAUUCACGUUCUGAUAUGCUAACAUCAGUUCUUAUGUUCUCAGAUUUUGAGACAUCGCAUGUAAGUCGAAUUGUUAAACUUAUAAAAGUUCAUCAAGAAAAAAAACAUGAUUUAAGAAUAUUUUCAAUCGGAAUGAAUAAUAUUAUUUCUCAUCAUUUCAUCGAAUCCAUUGUUCGAGUCGGCAAGGGAUAUGCACAGCAUGUGUCCGAUUUAGAACAAAUGAACAAGAAAGCGAUGACCAUGCUUAGGAAUUCAUUAAAUCCGCCGAUCUCAGAUUAUGAAAUUACAUGGACUGUUGAGCCUAAUGAAGAAUCUCAGAAUAGUUGCCUCAAAGUUCAGCAAGUUCCAUUGAAAAUUCCAGAACUUUAUAUUGGCGUUCGUUCAAUAAUUUAUUGUAUUUUAGAAAAGGGUGUUAAACCAUGCGACCAAAUCACAUUAAAAUCAAAAUUUCAAGUUCCUUUAAUUGUUCCAUUAGAUCAAUCUCCCUUACAGGGAUCAAAAAUUCACACACUUGCUACCAAAAAACUUAUUCAAGAAAUUGAAUAUGGAAAUUAUUAUCCCAAUAAUGCAAAGAAUGAAGAAUAUAUUCGUAAACAAAUUGUGAAUUUGGCAAAAUCUUAUAAUCUUAGUUCCAAAUAUACUAGCUUUAUUGCAGUUGAAACGCAAAAUAUUGAGGAUCAUGAAAAAAAGAAGCAAGAAAUUGAGAAAAAAUUGGUCGCAGAAAAAUAUCAAAUACCUAAAAUGCAAAAUGCUUUUGGAUUUGAAGAUGAGAAUGAAAAAAAAUUAGCUAUAGAGCUUGAAAAACAAAAAAAUGAAAACAGAAAAGAUACGGAACUUAAAAAGGGUGGUGAGAAAAAAUUAAUAAUAGAAUUUGUGAAGAAACCUGAAAAUCAAGAUUCUGUAGAACUUGAAAAAAGAGAAAAAGCGAUGAUGAAUGAAAAAUUUAAAGAUCUCGAAAGACAAAAAGAAGUGGAAUUAAAAAAAGAAAUACUCAGAAAAGAAAACGAAAUAGAAAGACUAAAAAAAGCAGAACUCAAAAAAGUACAUAUAGACCAUGUGGCACAUGAGAGACCCAAAGCCAAAAACUUUCUAGAUGGUGAUCAUAAAACAAUCAGUAAUAUAAAACCAUCUGAAAGUAUAACAAUAUCUCAAGCAAUGAGUCCACAAAGUAACCUUCCCACUGUUUCAUUAUCACCUAUUAAAGAGGAAACUACCGUCCCCAAUACUAAUGCCUUUAGUGUUGUGUCAUAUAUUUCUGAUUCAUCGACGUUAAUUGACGCAAUGCCUGAUGGUGAUCAUAAAACAAUCAGUAAUAUAAAACAAUCUGAAAGUGAUAUUUCUUCAACUCAUAGUAUAACGACUACUGAGUUUGAUAAUCUUUCUCCAGAAAAAUGCAGAAAAGACGAUAGUCUCCAGUUUCCUUCGGGUGAUUUUUAUAUAAAAUCAGCUAUUUCGUUGUCUGAUGUUUCUACAUCAUCCACAUUCGCCCAGAACUUGGUAGUUGAUAUUAAACGCAGUUUAUACGGAACAAAAGCUAUUAUCGCUCAACAAAAGAACGUUGAUCAAGAUGGCUAUCAACUUUGGCGUCAUAAAGAUGGCCUUCUAAUUAACAAGCAAACAAAUUUAUGUCUGGAAGUAGAAUUCGGAAAAUCUUAUAUUCGAAUUUUUAAUGAGGAUAGCAAAGAAAUUGUUACGCAGACUAAAAUUAUUGAUAAUGAUUUGGACCCGAUUUGGAAUGAAGUUCAUUAUAUUCCGAUUAAAAAUAUUGGCGACAAAUUCAUUUUUGAUGUGAUGGACUACUGUUCGAGUACGGAAGAUAAAUCACUUGGAAAUUAUCAUUUUGAUGUUAAUCAAGAUUUUAUCAAAGAAAUUUCUGAAGGUAUUUAUGAAGGCACACAAAAUGACAUCGAUAUGUAA